CGCCGAGCCGCGUCCGCAGAGCCGCAGAGCACAACCCGCACGGCCCCAGCUCCGGCAGCUCCCGGGAGGGACAGGCUCUGUGCGGUUGUAGGAGGAGUUUGCGGCCACCUCCCCCCUCCGAGGCGCUGCGGCCACAUUCCCCCGCCGAGGUACUCCCCCAGCCACCAAGAUGUCCAGCAAACGUGCCAAGGCCAAGACCACCAAGAAGCGCCCCCAGCGCGCCACCUCCAACGUCUUCGCCAUGUUUGACCAGUCCCAGAUCCAGGAGUUCAAGGAGGCUUUCAACAUGAUCGACCAGAACAGAGAUGGCUUCAUUGACAAGGAGGAUCUGCACGACAUGCUGGCUUCCAUGGGGAAGAACCCCACUGACGAGUACCUGGAGGGGAUGAUGAGCGAGGCGCCGGGGCCCAUCAACUUCACCAUGUUCCUCACCAUGUUCGGCGAGAAGCUGAACGGCACCGACCCCGAGGACGUGAUCCGCAACGCCUUCGCCUGCUUCGACGAGGAGGCCUCAGGCUCCAUCCACGAGGACCACCUGCGUGAGCUGCUGACCACCAUGGGGGACAGGUUCACCGACGAGGAGGUGGAUGAGAUGUACCGGGAGGCGCCCAUCGACAAGCAGGGCAACUUCAACUACGUGGAGUUCACUCGCAUCCUGAAGCACGGCGCCAAGGACAAGGACGAUUAGAGCCCGCGGCCACUGACCCCUUGUGCCCAUGCCCUGCACAUCCCCCGCCCCCUGGCCCCCCUGCUGCCCCACCGCAGACUCCACCCACGGAAACACCUCCCAGGACCAUCACCCUGCACCAGGACACGCUUGGAGGGGCGCGCUCCCAUCACCGUGCUGCCCUGUGCCCAUCCGGCCUUCCCCUCCCAUCACCUCUGCCACACACCGGGCACCCCAGCCUUGCUGUGACCUCCCCCUCAGAGCCACCGUGCCACUGGUCCCGGGGCUGGGGUGAGCAUCCCCUGCUGCCCUGCAGGGAUCUGUCUGGGGCCAGCCUGAGCGAGCCCCAUUCAGGGCCACAGCACAGAGGAAAAGCCUCUCUCCCUCUCCUUCCACACUCCCCCCUCAGGAGAGAACCCCCACUUUGUCCCUCCUCCCCGGCUGCUUUAUGGCUCUAGAGCCUGAGCUCUGGGGGAUUCAGGAAGCUGGAGGGUGUAUAAAGGCUGAUGGGUGUGACAGACGUGUGCUGUGUGUGCUGCCCCGCGCCCCCCGUGCUGUGCCCGGGCCUUUGGGAUGGUGCCUUUGGGCACUGCAGCUCCUCAGCCUGCUGCCCUUGUCACCCAGGGCCC